ACAACAACAACAGCAACAACAACAGCAACAACAACAACACAAAAUAUAUAAACAACAACAACAUCCCUCAUCCCUCAUCACCAUCAUCCUCUUUACAUUCUCCUCUGCCACUUACGGUUGAACUUCUCUUUUCCAUCCACCACUCCUACGAGAUUAUCUCCAGAACGAUUUCGUUGCGCUGCAAAUAGCCAACCCCUGACCAAGCCAAACCCUACUGCUCCUAAGUCUACCAAAGAGUCGAACUUGUCCCUCCUUUUCAAGGGGCUAUUGCUUCUCACGUCGCUACAGCCUCGUGCUGCUGGCCAAAAUCUCUUCUGCGGCCGCUUGUUGAAAGUUAGACUUGUCCUACUCUGAUCAGGCCGCGUGCUUGGACUUCUACCACGUCCUCACCGUUGAUAAACAUUGGUGUUGCUACACGGUCAUCAUCAUCACCAUCAACAUCACCAUCCCUAUUCCAUCUGUACUCUCAACACGAAGUCUUUUUUCUUUUUCUUUUCCUUCUGCUAAGGUCUCUUUAUCUUGCUUGAGCUAUCUGAUUGGUCCUCAGCGCGCUCUAGCAUUUUCUUGACCCAAUAUCUCUCUUCACACUGCCCUACUCCCAUUUUUUCACUUCUCAAUUUUAAGCUGCCGUCGAACUGAUUGCCCCAUGUCCCGGAUUCUUCGACACGUUUUAAUACAAAACUUUCAAGCAGCGCAGGCUUCCGCCGCGGAGCCCACUAAUAUGAUGGACUGGGAACCAACCCCCCAGGAAGAUCUUCUUCCACAUCCCGCACCCGAGACUAGCCACCAGCAAGAUCAACCUAGUGUCAGUCAAUCUACACUUCCUGUCAAUGAUGUGGAGGAAGAUACCUACCCACAACACCUCCCUAUUUGCCCUCCAAAUCCUCUUCCGUUUGUUCCGGAGCCUGUUCCGGAGCGACCUCAAAUAUACCCCCAGCCAGAAUUCUUGAAGCCUCGAAGAAAAACUUUACCUCAACCCCUUCUAAGCGGGCCUCAACCACAUCUUGUCAACGUUUACCGUGCCCCACCAGUUUCACGGAAGAGUCUUAUUGAUCAACUUACAUCUAAAAAACAUCGUUCUGGCAACCUAUUACCGCCAAUCUCGAAUCGCCAAGCAUAUUUCCGCAAUGUUGCGGAACCAGCAAAAACCUGGUAUAUGCGAAACCAGGCUGAAGAUAUUGCAAUGCAACGACCGAUGGUUGAGCUUAGAAACCAAUUCACUACCCGAAGAGGCAACAACCCAUAUCCAUAUACUCCCUCGCGAUCGGCUCCUCAGUCGGCGGCUAGCCCAAAUUCACGCAAACGGCGAAUCGAGGCUGUUGAUGGCUACGCAUGCGAUGAGCAUAGGGCUUCACGUGACGGCCAGGGGGGGAUGCACAAUCACAAACAACCAGCAGGAGCACAGGUUACUGCUAUACCCGAGUCACCUAUUGACACAUCAAUGGUCGACGCGCCUCCUUAUGAAGGCUCCCUACUCCAAGCAUCUCCAGUCCAUGGUCGUACUGAAGAUGACAUCCCACAAAUCCAACGGACUCCUCAACACAUGCCUGGUACUUGGCCAGCGACUCCAGUUUCUGUCCGCCAGAUCGCCAUUCCACCCACUGAAAUAUUUCACCUGAGCGAAGCCGACGCCGGCUAUAUGCGAGACCAGGUAGCUCUAAUGUCGGGCGCAUUGGCUGGAUGCCGACGAACUUCAAGCCACGGGAUGGUAGUCCCACUGUCCGAUGGCAAUGCCAUUCCUCCUACAUCUCCAGAACAUGCAUAUGAGCUUCAACGACUUUCAUACUUGCAAGAUAUAUUGCAAGAAGUUUCUGACACCUAUUACCCGAUACUAAGAUCAUCACGUUUCGCUAUAGAAGCAGUUGGCAACAGAGUCAGACACACCUAUCGAGAAUUCCUUCAAGCAGCUGUUGAAGUCGUGGGAAGUGCAAAAAGACGGGCAGUGGCGAUCUAUGAUAAAGUGACUUCUAAAUUCGUCCGGCGCAGAAUUAAUCGCCAACAACAAGACACCAGAAAUCUUCGUCGCGCGUCGUCUACCGAGCGCCACCAAUUGAAAGCUCGGAAGUUAGGGAUGGGCCAGAAGAAACAAGGCUCCUCAUCCCCCCAAGUCAUAAUUGACGAGUAUGAAGAUGUCACACCUCCUCGCCCGCCUCGCGAUAUGCCAGCCUCAGGCAUGAUAGACUAUUAUCGUCUUCCUAAGGAAAAAGCUCCUACCCGAACACUACUCACCACCACCACCACCACCACAAAGGAUGGUAUUGUGAAAGGCGCAAAGGUACAGAAGAAAAAGCUGAGUGACAAAGCCAAAUCGAAAACCAGAACGUCUCGAAAGCUGGCUCAACUUAGCCAAGAGGAUGUGAACAAAGCUGCCCUUCCGCGAGCUCCAAGACGCGGCGAGUUGAUUAAAGGAGCUUGGCCAAAUGCCAUACCACCUAGUGCAGCUGCUCUACGGGCAUACCAUGAAUCUUUUGCGAAAUUGAGGAGUAGACCUAUUGAAGAGAUGUCGGGAAUUGAUAUUCCCGAGCCAGAAAAUUGGCCCCCUCGUCCCCAACUUCCCCCGACUACUACUCCUCCUUCCUCACCCCCGCCGACAGAAUUGCCCCCUCCAGCGGAAGAAAUCACUUGUCAACCUGAAGCAUCUGUUGAAGCUGAAGAGCCUGAGCCACCCAAAGAGGGACUGUCCCCCUCCUCUCCCGAGUACGAAGGUUUUCUGACCAGCCCAUCUCGACCACGACGCGAAGCCAAAGAAGUCCACUGGCUUGAAUCGGAAUCUCCAAUGGGACGGCCAAUUUCUUCAGUGCGAGCCUACGAUCCUCUUUCUCGUGUCACGCCAUUUCAACCACUCGAGUCUGUCACAGCAGAGGAAUCGGGUCGCCUAGCUCUAGAGCUAACGGAUAAGGAAACACCGGCAGACCACUCGGUCCAGUACGACCAACCCCUUCUACGAUCUCCAGAAGUCCCCUACGUCAAGCACUUGACAGCCAACUGGGUAGCUAAAGUAGACCGUGCGAUGGCUCUUUCCGACAAAAGUGAGGUUGGGACCACGCCUCGCGGCGAACCCCUCACCCGGAAAGCCCUGAACACGUGUUACACGAAGCUCGAGUGGCUCAACGAUGAAGUAAUCAACGCGUAUCUCGAGUUGAUCGUCGACCAUGCACGUCAGGAAGCAGGGAAUUCUGGGCGGCACGACAAGCCCAAGUACCACGCCUUUUCAACAUACUUCUUCUCGAACCUUCGGGACAAAGGUUACGAGAGCGUAAGGCGUUGGGCGACACGUGCCAAGAUCGGGGGCGAGAAAUUGUUGGGGGUGGAGACGAUUUUCGUCCCCAUCCACGACCGCUCGCACUGGACCCUCAUGGUCGUAAGACCGGCCGCUCGAACGAUCGAGCAUUUCGACUCCCUGGGGUCACCUUCCUUGGGCCACAUCGCCACGGCCAAGGAAUGGCUCCGAGGUGAGUUGGGCGACCUCUUCGUGGAAGAGGAGUGGCGGGUGCUCCCGUCGAUUUCCCCACAGCAAAAUAACGGCAGUGACUGCGGGGUAUUCCUCCUGACGACUGCCAAGUUGGUAUCGUUGGGCAAGCCUCUGAGAUAUGGGGCGAGGGAUAUUCCCGAGAUCCGUAAAAGGAUCGUUGCCGAGCUGAUGAAUGGGGGUUUCUUCGGUGAUUUCGACCCGAAGAAGGACGAGAUGUUUCCCGCUAGGUCGAUGCUGUGAUGACAGCAUAGGUUCUUUCUGGGUUCAUCUUCGUUUUUUUCUUCUGGGGAGAUUGCAUCUUGCCAGGGAGGGGAGAGGAGGGGGUGGUUUUUUCUUUUUUUCUUUUAUUUUUUCUUUGGACGAGGGAUCGCGUUUUUUUUUUUCUUUUUUUUUUGGUACGAGCCCGACUCGCAAGAUCCGGGGCUUUCUCCGUCCUCCUGCGUGCUUCUGGGUUUGUAACCUUUUCUUUGUCUUUUCGGUUUUUUUUUUUUGGUUUUUUUUCUUUUGGUUAAGCCCGGUACUCGAGCCCGGCUUUAAGCACUCCCGUGCUUAUAUGCCUUGGAGUUUGUGUAUUCGGUGUGUUUUUAUUAGUAUUUUUUCUUUCUUUUUUUGUCUCGUUUUGCAUGUUGGCAGGAAAUGGUGCUGUUUAUUUCAUUCCUCGUCCUAUCUGGCGUUUUUACUUUGUAAUUUGGAAGGGUAUGUAUCUAGAGCUGCUAUUUUGUUUUCUCUCUUUCUUUCUUUCUUUUUUUUUUUUUCGUUUUGAUACCCAAUGUUUUUCGCGGGGGCGUUAAGUUUUGUUUAAUUUUUUGUUUCUCAAAAAUAGAUUUCAUGUUUGGACGACCCCGUUUUUUGUUGUCAUUAUAUUUAUAUUCUUUCAUCUUUUAUAAGAGUAUGGGCCGGCGGUUGGGCCCCAUUGACAUUCUAUACCUUCUCUUUGCCUACUGAUUCCGCUUCUUAGCAAUACGUGAAUUCAUCUGAAGAGUCUUGCAGCGCACUAUCGCCGUUCAUAAUAUGUCAGUUAGAUAAUUCGAGCGCUACAGGAAUGAUAGGAGGAUGAGCAGAACGACUGUCGUUGGUGACAUUAUUAAUAUAUAGUUAAUAAUAAAGGGAGCUAAGGUAAGGUAUCAAAGUGAACUAGCUUUGCAAUGCGGCCAACAUCCUUCAGUACAGCAAAACCGAAAUAUUAGAUUAAUUAACCAACCCA